GUUAAUUGUCAAACCAGGCAUCAGUUCAGUGGAGUUAUGUUUAUUUGAAAAACAUUCAACACCCAUGUUUUUUAAAUUUAUGACAAUUCAAGUGAUACAAAUUUUGUUAUGAAUAUGAAAAUUUACUAUUGUUUUCUAACGGUAUAUUUUAAUAUAUGUUUCGUUUUUGGGGAUUUUUAUGCACAGGAUGAAUGUAAUAUUGCCUUAUCUGACAGAGCUGUUAUCACAGCCACCUCUUAUAUGCCAGAAAGGGGCCCCCAGAAUAUAAACAUAUAUGGUUCAAAUGCUUGGACUGCCAAGGACAAUGACUUCGAUCAGCAAUUGAUCUUUGACUUGGGGCAGAUAAUGAAUGUAACUGGAAUCAUGACCAGAGGUAGACCAUUCGCCAAUGAGUAUGUCAUGGAAUAUAGUAUAAGUUAUGGAACCAAUGGCUUGGAUUAUGCCGAUUAUAAAGAACCAGGUGGCAAUACUAUGGUCUUCAGGGGUAACACUGAUGAUGAUUCCUUCAAUCAAAAUAGUUUUGAAAUCCCCAUCAUUGCCCAAUGGGUGAGAAUAAACCCUAUUAGAUGGAGAAACAGAAUAUCUAUGAGAGUGGAACUGUUUGGUUGUGAAUAUGACGCUGAUGACAUGUAUUUCAAUGGAACCGCGUUGUUAAUGUUGAAUUUGCUUCGAGAUCCCAUUUCAGCCUCAAGAGAGAACAUAAGGUUCAGAUUCAAGACAUCAGCGGCCAAUGGCAUAAUCUUGUAUAGCAGGGGUACUCAGGGAGAUUACAUUGCCUUACAAAUGCGAGAUAAUCAACUUCUUCUGAACAUCGAUUUAGGUUCUGGUCAAGUGACGAGUCUGAGCAUUGGAAGCUUGCUGGAUGAUAACAUUUGGCACGAUGUUGUGGUAUCAAGAAAUCGCAGAGAUAUACUACUUUCAGUUGAUCGUGUCUUCGUCCAGGAUAAAAUAAAAGGGGAAUACAACAGGCUUAAUCUGAAUAGAGAGUUUUAUAUUGGAGGAGUACCAAACGUUCAGGAAGGUUUAGUAGUAGUGCAAAAUUUCACAGGGUGCCUAGAAAACCUCUACCUCAACUCCACGAACUUAUUCAAGGAUGUUAAGCAGGCGUUCCAAUACGGCGAAGCUGCCUUCCGAUACGAAAAAGUCAAUACUUUGUAUUCUUGUCCCGAACCCCCAAUUAUACCAGUCACUUUUUUGACUCAACGUUCCUUCGCUAAACUCAGUGGAUAUGAAGGGAUGAAGUCGCUUAACGUUUCCUUCGCUUUUAGAACUUACGAAAGAACUGGUUUGAUUUUAUAUCACAGCUUUUCGUCCACUGGUUACGUUGCUGUAUUUCUGGAAGAAGGAAAGUUGAAAGUUGAAUUGGUGACACGUGAGAGUCCCAGGGUUAUUUUCGAUAAUUACGAGGAUACUUACAAUGAUGGCAAAUGGCAUACGCUUAUUUUGACCAUAACCACUAACUCUUUAGUCGUGAAUUUGGACAAUCGACCUAUGAGAACAACGCGUUUGCUCUCGAUAAGAACUGGCGCCCUCUAUUUUAUCGCUGGAGGGAUAACUGCGACUAUAGGGGCAUCCGGGAGGCACAUGGCAGGGUUUGUAGGAUGCAUGAGGACGAUUGGGAUUGACGGCAGCUACAAACUCCCGACAGACUGGAGGAAAGACGAGUUUUGCUGUGAGGGUGAGAUAGCCUUCGACGCCUGUCGCAUGAUCGACCGCUGCAGUCCGAAUCCCUGCCAGCACGGCGGAAUCUGCAAGCAGAACGAGUUCGAGUUUUUCUGCGACUGUUCUGGUACCGGCUACGGCGGCGCAGUCUGUCACACCUCCGUCAAUGCGUUGUCGUGCGAGGCCCACAAGAAGAUGCAAGCCGUUGGUCAGAGGGCCGACAUCAAGAUCGACGUCGACGGUAGCGGUCCUCUAGCGCCGUUCCCUGUUACCUGCGAGUUUUAUCCGAACGGUCGCGUGGCCACUGUUUUACGUCAUAAUAACCAAGAAACGACGCCGGUAGACGGUUUCCAAGAGCCCGGAAGCUUCGUCCAGGACAUACACUACGAGGCGAGCGACGAUCAGAUAAACGCCCUCGUCAACCGUUCGUCGACCUGUCGUCAGCACCUUCAGUACGCCUGCAAGGGGGCCAGGCUCUUCAACUCGCCGUCGGACGAGAUGAACUUCAACCCUUACUCGUGGUGGGUUUCCAGACACAACCAGAACAUGGAUUACUGGGGCGGCGCCCUGCCCAACUCCAGGAAAUGCGAAUGCGGAAUCAUGGGAAGCUGCGUGGACCGGACGAAAUGGUGUAACUGCGACGCGGGAUUAGACACUUGGCAGGUGGAUGCAGGCGAUAUCGUGGACAAAGAGAACCUCCCAGUGAAACAACUGAGAUUCGGCGACACAGGAAACGCCCUGGAUGAAAAAGAGGGUCGGUACACCUUGGGACCCCUGAUAUGCGAGGGAGACGAUCUCUUCAACAACGUAGUCACUUUCAGGGUGGACGAGGCGACAAUCAACCUGCCCACUUUCGAUAUGGGCCACGGUGGUGACAUCUAUUUCGAAUUCAGAACAGCCUCGGAAAACGCGGUUCUGUUCCACUCCAAGGGACCGCACGAUUACAUCAAAUUGAGCAUAGUCAGCGGUAACCGUCUACAAUUCCAAUACCAAGCAGGAUCCGGCCCUGUGUCUGUCGUGAGAGAAACGUCUUACAAACUUUCCAACGACGAAUGGCAUUCGGUGUUGGUGGAGAGGAAUAGAAAAGAGUCGAUGUUGGUCGUAGACGGCGCUCUUAAGGCUGAGGUCAGGGAACCCCCAGGUCCGUUCAGAGCUUUACACCUGACCACCGAUCUAGUCAUCGGGGCCAAUACGGAAUACAGGGACGGUUUCACGGGUUGCAUUAGGGCGUUGCUCAUAAACGGCGAACACAUAGAUUUGAGGAGCUACGCGAGAAGAGGCGCCUUCGGAAUCUCCGAAGGUUGCGUGGGUAAAUGCGAGAGUUCCCCCUGCCUGAACAACGGCACCUGUUUCGAACACUACGACAGCUACACCUGCGACUGUAGGUGGACGGCCUUCAAAGGUCCCAUAUGCGCGGACGAGAUCGGUGUCAACAUGAAGCCGAGCUCGAUGAUCAAGUACGAUUUCAUGGGUUCGUGGAGGUCGACGAUAGCCGAACACAUCCGAGUCGGCUUCACCACCGCCAACCCCAGGGGAUUCUUGUUGGGAUUCUACUCGAACAUAUCCAAGGAGUACAUGACGAUCAUGGUGUCGAAUUCCGGCCAUUUGAGGGUGGUGUUCGACUUCGGUUUCGAGAGGCAGGAGAUCAUCUAUCCGGAGAAGCAUUUCGGUCUCGGGCAGUAUCACGAUUUGAGGUUGUCGCGUAAGAAUUCCGGUUCGACGUUGGUGAUGCAGGUGGACAAUUACAAGCCUAGGGAGUUCAACUUCAGCAUCAAAGCUUCGGCGGACGCCCAGUUUAACAACAUACAGUACAUGUAUAUCGGUAGGAACGAGUCUAUCAGUGAGGGUUUCGUGGGUUGUAUAUCGAGGGUGGAAUUCGACGAUAUAUACCCUCUCAAGUUGCUGUUCCAGCAGGAAGGUCCCGGAAACGUCAAGUCAAUAGGAGGUGCCUUAAACGAAGAUUAUUGUGGUGUUGAACCAAUCACCCAUCCCCCUGACAUAAUCCCAACCAGACCACCACCUCAGCUAGAUGAAGAUAAGCUCAGGAAGGCCUACAAUCGAACAAAUUCGGCAAUUCUGGGUGGUGUUUUGGCUAUCCUUUUCUUGGCCUUGGUAAUCUUGUUGAUCGUUAUUGGGAGGUUCAUACAUAGGCAUAAGGGAGAAUAUCUGACCCAAGAAGAUGCAGGUGCGGAGAGCGCUUUAGAUCCUGAUACGGCCGUGGUUUGCGGUACUACAGGUCACCAUGUACAGAAAAGGAAAGAGUGGUUUAUAUAGUACAUCAAAGGCCUUUACAUGUAGAGUAGUUGGUUUCAAGUACCUUGAUAAUUUUAGACAUUUUGGUAUUACAUAAUGCUUGGAUACCUGAGUUAAUUCCAUUUCUUGAAAUGUGUUUUCAUAUAGUAUUAUUCUCUUUGACUUAUUCUUAAACCGUCCAUUUUAAGUUAAGUUUUUAUAUAUUUUUUUUUUGUAUUUAUUUCGAAAUUAUAUCUACAAACAUUUACUGUACUAACAAAAAGUUUUUUAUAUUCUUAUUUAUUAAAUUGGUGAAACUGUUUGAACUAAGGUGUUCGAGUAUUUCUUGUAAAGUUUUUGCUCACUCAUUUUUUGAGCACUCGAUAUUAAACUGGACUGAAUUGAAUUUAUAUACUUGAAGCACGUAGGUGCUUUAGAGCAGGAUUCUGAUGAUAGUAACGACUCACAUUAUACAUAUUUUCCAAGAAAUAUAACGAAGAUAAAUUUAA